AUGAUUUGUUGGGUUCUUUGGAAAGCAAGAAACACCUUGGUUUGGGAUAAAAAAGCUUCCUCUUCUACUCAAAUUUUCACUUCGGCUUGGGUUACUCUUGAUCAUUGGCGAAAAGCUCAAGAUAAAACAUGUUUAUUAUCAUCCUCUCUCUUGCAUGAUGGUAGUAACAUUGAGCAAUGGACGACACCUGCUUCUAAUACGGUUAAGAUCAAUGUCGAUGGUGCAAUAUUUGAGAAGGAAAAUGCCUAUGGGUUUGGUGUGGUUGCAUGUGAUUCGAAUGGCCAAAUUAUUGACUUUAUUGCCAAGUAUUACCAUGGGACUUACAAGGCUAACGUUGUUGAGGCUUUAGGGGUUAAGGAGGCCCUUAGUUGGCUAAAAGCCAAAGGGUGGAGCACGAUCGAGGUGGAAACUGACAGCUUACUCACUGUUCAAGCAAUCUUUAGUAAACAACAAAUAUCUUAUGUCUUUGGUUUGAUUACUAAUGAUUGUAAAAUUUUAUUGUCUUCUUCACCUAAUGCUAGUUUACGUUUUAUUAAACGAUCAGCAUAUCGAGUGGCCCAUUUUGUGGCUAGACGCUCUCGAUUCUACUCUGAUCGUAGCAUUCUUGAGGAUAAUGUUCUGGCUGACCUUCAUGCCAUCUUGUAUUCAGAAUGCUAG